GGAAAUAUUUAUUUAUACCACUAUUAACGCAUUCAAACCAUAUUUAAAUAUAAUACAAGGUAAACAUUUCAUAUGUAUAUUUACUAACGUGGACGUACCAAAUAGCAUUGUGGUUAAAGUUUACUCACGCACCUUCCGAUAUUCCAGAAUAGCCUUAUUUUGAAAAGUAAUUCCCCUGUUUCGAUACGCCAACUUGACUUAUUGUGCUCAGACGACCUAUGCUAACCAAUCUCCAAAUUUAUGGCGUCAAGUUUGUCGUAAAUGGGGCGUUAUAAAUGUGUCUAUGAGUGUGAAAGCUCCGACGAGGUUGACGAGAAAUAUUUCAAGUUUCCACUGUUUAACGAGAGAAGACUGAAGAAAUGGCUGAGCAACAUGAAGUGGAAGGACUGGACGCCUUCUCGCUUCUCUGUGCUGUGCAGCAAACACUUUGAGGAGCAAUACUUGGACAGAAGUGGCAAAUGUGUGCAGCUGAGAGAAGAUGCUGUUCCUACCAUCUUUCCACUCCAGGAUGAGGCCAAGAAGAUGCAGGUACCCGAGACUCCAAAAAGUACAAGACGAAAGCAGAAAUCCACUAACGUGUCCAUGACCACCACUGACACGGUCAUUUGUAGCAAUCCGGACAACCAACUCAGCUGCGAGGACACACAACUUUCCGAACCAGCAGAGGACCAACGGAAGCCCAGCAGAUGGAAGAUCAUCAUGGACGAAGGCCUCAUGAAGAUCAACUCCUUCCCGCACUUCUUCCACGGAGAUUAUUGUGCCUCACAGGAUGUCCAGUGGGCUCCAGACACGGAUGUUAUGAUCUCCACCAACGAGAUGGCGUGCCAAGACCCUGAGAAGGUGAUCCAUGUGAGUGAGGCGUGGCAGUGGCUCAGCCUGGACGUGCGCGGGCCUCUGCCGCCGACGCGCACCGGCCACACGCACGUGGUGACGCUCAGCGACUGCUUCUCCAAGUGGGUGGAGGCCGCGCCCGUGCCGGCGUUCCUGCCCGCCCACGUGGCCAAGCACGUCGCCGACGGCGUCGCCCACUUCGGCUACCCGCUACGCGUUCUCUCCCGGUUGCCUCGCAACGUCAUCCGCCAGAUCAACCAGGAGCUUGCAACUCACCUGACGGCCGCCACGCCGCUGGUUGUUUAUCAUCCGCACGCUGGCGUUGCUGAUGUGAGCACGCAGCUGAUGAUUGACAGAAUGGUCAGCGAGCUUGUGCAGGAGCACGCGGCCGACUGGGACGUCUACCUUCCCGCCAAGGUCUUCGCUCUGUGCUUCCAAGAACAUUCGGGUACGAAGCAGCGACCUUUUGCGCUGCUCUGCUGCGACGGGCCUGAACCCGUCAACGCUCCACGGGGUCUACCUUACACUGACACAGAGAUCCGAGAGAGUACUCUAGUAGUUGCACAGACUAUAUAAACUGUCUCUCGUCUGAGGCGGAAAAUGAAUCAGGGUCGUCCGACGCGAGACUUUACAUCGAGAAAAAGCAUAAGUUAUCUUUGAAUUUUUAUGCACAUUUGUGGAAAAUUUUGAUUAAAAAAAAUACAAUAAAAACUGUUUUUGAGUAGAA